AUGGUCGGUUGGGCGGUGUGUUGUCAUCGGCGGAGCGACGGUCGGAGGCGGCGGCGUAGGCCCCGGCGGGGCGUUUGGUUUCGGUUUGGCCCUGUCUGCAAUUAGUGUUGACUGUCGAAAUGGGAGUCCCCAAGUUUUACCGAUGGAUUUCGGAGCGGUACCCCUGCCUCAGCGAAGUGGUGAAAGAGCAUCAGAUUCCUGAAUUUGAUAACUUGUACCUGGAUAUGAAUGGAAUUAUUCAUCAGUGCUCCCAUCCUAAUGAUGAUGAUGUUCACUUCAGAAUUUCAGAUGAUAAAAUCUUUACUGACAUUUUUCACUACUUGGAAGUGUUGUUUCGCAUUAUUAAACCUAGGAAAGUGUUCUUCAUGGCUGUUGAUGGUGUGGCUCCUCGAGCAAAAAUGAACCAGCAGCGUGGGAGGCGUUUUAGGUCAGCCAAGGAGGCAGAAGACAAAAUAAAAAAGGCAAUAGAAAAGGGAGAAACUCUUCCUACAGAGGCCAGGUUUGAUUCCAACUGUAUUACACCAGGGACAGAAUUCAUGGCUAGGUUACAUGAACAUCUGAAAUAUUUUGUAAAUAUGAAAAUUUCCACAGACAAGUCAUGGCAAGGAGUUACCAUCUACUUCUCAGGCCAUGAGACACCCGGAGAAGGAGAGCAUAAAAUCAUGGAAUUUAUCAGAUCCGAGAAAGCAAAACCAGAUCAUGAUCCAAACACCAGACACUGUCUUUAUGGUUUAGAUGCUGACUUGAUCAUGCUUGGAUUAACAAGUCACGAGGCACAUUUUUCUCUUUUAAGAGAAGAAGUUCGAUUUGGUGGCAAAAAAACACAAAGGGUGUGUGCACCAGAAGAAACCACAUUUCACCUUUUACACUUGUCUUUAAUGAGAGAAUAUAUUGACUAUGAGUUUUCAGUGUUAAAAGCAAAGAUCACAUUUAAAUAUGAUAUUGAAAGAAUUAUAGAUGAUUGGAUUUUGAUGGGAUUUCUGGUUGGCAAUGAUUUUAUCCCUCAUCUACCUCAUUUACAUAUUAAUCAUGAUGCACUGCCUCUUCUUUAUGGAACAUAUAUUACCAUCCUUCCAGAACUUGGGGGUUAUAUUAAUGAAAGUGGACAUCUCAACUUACCUCGAUUUGAGAAAUACCUUGUGAAACUAUCAGAUUUUGAUCGGGAGCACUUCAGUGAAGUUUUUGUGGACCUAAAGUGGUUUGAAAGCAAAGUUGGUAACAAGUACCUCAACGAAGCAGCAGGUGUUGCAGCAGAAGAAGCCAAGAACUAUAAGGAAAAGAAAAAACCAAAGGGCCAGGAAAAUUCUGUAUGUUGGGCUGCUUUAGACAAAAAUGAAAGUGCAGUGGUAGCUUCUAAGGAUAACUUAGAAGAUGAGACUGAAGAUGAUGAUCUAUUUGAAACUGAGUUUAGACAAUAUAAAAGAACAUAUUACAUGACAAAGAUGGGGGUUGAUGUAGUCUCUGAUGAUUUUCUGGCUGAUCAAGCUGCAUGUUAUGUUCAGGCAAUACAGUGGAUUUUGCACUAUUACUAUCACGGUGUUCAGUCCUGGAGCUGGUAUUAUCCUUAUCAUUAUGCACCUUUCCUGUCAGACAUCCGCAACAUCAGUACACUCCAAAUCCAUUUUGAACUAGGAAAACCUUUUAAACCAUUUGAACAGCUUCUUGCUGUACUUCCAGCGGCUAGCAAAAAUUUACUUCCUACAUGCUAUCAGCAUUUGAUGACCAGUGAAGACUCUCCAAUUAUAGAAUAUUAUCCACCUGAUUUUAAAACUGAUCUAAAUGGAAAACAACAGGAAUGGGAAGCUGUGGUAUUAAUACCUUUUAUUGAUGAGAAGCGAUUGUUGGAAGCCAUGGAGACAUGUAACCACUCCCUCAAAAAGGAAGAGAGGAAAAGAAACCAACAUAGUGAGUGUCUAAUGUGCUGGUAUGAUAGAGACACAGAGUUUACCUACCCUUCUCCAUGGCCAGAAAAGUUCCCUGCCAUAGAACGAUGUUGUACAAGGUACAAAAUAAUAUCAUUAGAUGCUUGGCGUGUGGACAUAAACAAGAACAAAAUAACCAGAGUUGACCAGAAGGCAUUAUAUUUCUGCGGAUUCCCAACUCUGAAACACAUCAAACAUAAAUUUUUUUUGAAAAAAAGUGGUGUUCAAGUAUUCCAGCAAAGCAGUCGUGGAGAAAACAUGAUGUUGGAAAUCUUAGUGAAUAUAGAAUCAGAUGAACUUAGUGUAGAAAAUAUAGCUUCAUCGGUGCUUGGAAAGUCUGUUUUUGUUAAUUGGCCUCACCUUGAAGAAGCUAGAGUUGUGGCUGUAUCAGACGGCGAAACUAAGUUUUACUUAGAAGAACCUCCAGGAACACAGAAGCUUUAUUUGGGAAGGACUGUGCCACCAUCUAAAGUAAUCCAUCUUGGAGACAAAGAACAAUCUAACUGGACAAAAGAAGUACAAGGAAUUUCAGAACAUUACCUGAGAAGAAAAGGAAUAAUAAUAAAUGAAACAUCUGCAGUUGUGUAUGCUCAGUUACUCACAGGCCGUAAAUAUCAAAUAAGUCAAAAUGGUGAAGUUCGUCUAGAAAAACAGUGGUCAAAACAAGUUCUUCCUUUUGUUUAUCAAACUAUUGUCAAGGACAUCCGAGCUUUUGAUUCUCGUUUCUCCAAUAUCAAAACACUGGAUGAUUUGUUUCCUCCUAGAAGUGUGGUAUUUAUGCUGGGAACUCCAUAUUAUGGCUGCACUGGAGAAGUUCAAGAUUCAGGUGAUGUUAUUACAGAAGGUAGGAUUCGUGUGGUUUUCAGCAUUCCCUGUGAGCCCAACCUUGAUGCUCUAAUACAGAACCAGCAUAAAUAUUCUAUAAAGUACAACCCAGGAUAUGUGUUGGCCAGUCGCCUUGGAGUGAGUGGAUACCUUGUUUCAAGGUUUACAGGAAGUAUUUUUAUUGGAAGAGGAUCUAGGAGAAAUCCUCAUGGAGACCAUAAAGCAAAUGUGGGUUUAAAUCUCAAAUUCAACAAAAAAAAUGAAGAGGUACCUGGAUAUACUAAGAAAGUUGGAAGUGAAUGGAUGUACUCAUCUGCAGCAGAACAACUUCUUGCUGAGUACUUAGAGAGAGCACCAGAACUAUUUAGUUAUAUAGCCAAAAAUAGCCAAGAGGAUGUGUUCUAUGAAGAUGACAUUUGGCCUGGAGAAAAUGAGAAUGGUGCAGAGAAAGUUCAAGAAAUUAUUACUUGGCUAAAAGGACAUCCUGUCAGUACUUUGUCUCGUUCUUCUUGUGAUUUACAAAUUCUGGAUGCAGCUAUUGUUGAGAAAAUCGAGGAAGAAGUUGAAAAGUGCAAGCAAAGAAAGAAUAAUAAGAAAGUACGAGUGACAGUGAAGCCACAUUUGCUAUACAGACCUUUAGAACAGCAACAUGGAGUCAUUCCUGAUCGGGAUGCAGAAUUUCGUCUCUUUGACCGUGUUGUAAACGUGAGAGAGAAUUUUUCGGUUCCAGUUGGCCUUCGGGGCACCAUCAUAGGAAUCAAAGGAGCUAAUAGAGAAGCUGAUGUACUAUUUGAAGUAUUAUUUGAUGAAGAAUUUCCUGGAGGCUUAACAAUAAGGUGCUCACCUGGUAGAGGUUAUCGACUACCAACAAGUGCCUUGGUGAACCUUUCUCAUGGGAGUCGCUCUGAAACAGGAAAUCAGAAGUUGACAGCCAUUGUGAAACCACAGCCAGCUGUGAAUCACUAUAGCCCAAAUUUAUCAGUUUCUGCCUCACAUUUAGGAGGCCUCAACCAUUCUCCUCAGUCACUUUUUGUUCCUACUCAAGCACCUAUUAAAGAUGAUGAUGAAUUUUGCAACAUUUGGCAAUCCUUACAGGAAUCUGGAAAAAUUCAGCAGUUCCAGCCAACUAUACAAGAGAAGGGUGCAGUUCUACCUCAAGAAAUAAGUCAAGUAACUCAACAGCAUAAAUCUGGCUUUAAUGACAACAGUAUUAAAUACCAACAAAGGAAACAUGACCCUCACAGAAAAUUUAAAGAAGAGUGUAAGAGUCCUAAAACUGAGUGUAGGUCACAAAAAACAUCCAAUAAACAGCUUAACUCUGGAAUUGAGAACUUUUUGGCGUCAUUGAAUAUCUCCAAAGAAAACGAAGCACAGUCAUCCCAUCAUGGAGAACCUUCAAAUGAAGAGCAUUUGUCACCACAAUCAUUUGCUAUGAAAGGAACACGAAUGCUGAAAGAAAUUCUAAAAAUUGAUGGUUCUGACACAAUGGACCGUAAGAAUGAAAUGAAAAAGUUUGGUAAUGAAGCCACUGUUUCCUCUAAUAAAAGAGAUGAAUAUAGACUGUCCUCACAACCUAAACAAAAUAAGAAAUUAGCAUCUUAUAUGAACAAGCCUCACAGUGCUAAUGAGUACCAUAAUGUUCCAUCUGUGGACAAUGUGUGUUGGCCUGUUCCUGGCCAGAUCCCUCCUGUGCCCACUCCAGUAACUGAACUUUCUCGAAUUUGCUCCCUUAUUGGAAUGCCACAACCAGAUUUCUCCUUUCUGAGAACACCUCAGACAAUGACAGUUUGCCAAGUAAAAUUAUCUAAUGGCUUACUGGUACACGGGCCACAGUGCCACUCUGAAAAUGAAGCCAAGGAGAAAGCUGCACUUUUUGCUUUACAACAGUUGGGCUCUUUAGGAGUGAAUUUUUCUUUGCCUCCACCAAUAUUUCCAAAUUAUCCUCCCGCUGUACCAGCUGGAACCAUACCUCCAGUCUUUCCCCAACCUACUGCUAAUAUGAUGCCUUCACCUCAUCUCUUUGGCUCAAUGCCAUGGGGACCACCAGUGCCAGUUCCUGGGAAGCCCUUCCAUCAUACAUCACAUUCUGGGACCAUACCCAUGGCUGGAGGAAUGCCAGGUGGAGUGCACAAUCAGUUCAUACCUCUGCAGGUUACCAAAAAAAGGGUUGCAAACAAAAAGAACUUUGAGAAUAAGGAGGCCCAGAGUUCUUCUCAAGCCACCCCACUUCAGACUAGCAAGCCCAGCUCUUCUGAUGACACCAGAGUGAUUCCACAGGAAAGCUCAUCAGGCCCUUUAAAGUCCUCUCAGCUUGCUCAACCUGCAUCUUCUUUUCAAGUUGAAACUGCCUCCCAAGGCCACAAUACGUCUCACCAGAAGUCAACACCAAGCUCUUCUUCUAGAAGAAAAUCAAGAAAACUGGCUGUCAAUUUUGGAAUUUCUAAACCUUCUGAAUAAAUUUGGUACUUGGGAAUUAAAAUAAUUUCUUUUAUUUCCAUCACCUUUUUAUAAAUCCAUAUCUCAUAAAUGUACUAUUUUAAAAUAAUAUGUUUGAAUAUUUUUAAUUUUUAAGUCGUCAGGCACUUUUCAUGCUAUUUAAAAGACUAUAUAUCAAAUUGUGCACUUUAAAUAUGUGCAGUUUGUUGUACGUCAAUUAUACCUCAAUAAAGUUGUAAAAAGAAAAAAUACUAAAUUAAACCUUUUGUUAAAAUGAAUUUCAGUGGGCUAAGCGUUAAAAUGUACCACUC